AUGAUGAUAAUGUCAUCACUAAUGCUUGGUGUAGUUCAUUUUGUAGCCUCGAAUACUGAUUGUGGAGUCUGGGAUUUUGAUAUGGAAAAGUUUGAGAUGUCUAAGCACUUCUGGUUUCCUUGGCCUGUGAAUCUUAUUGUUUGCCAACCAGACAAUGGAGAAAUGGCACUAGAAAUUGCAGACCGCAUGUGUAGAUCUGCUGCAGUUGAUCUCAUUUGCAUUGACUCUGUCUCAGCUCUUACUCCACGUGCUGAAAUUGAACGCGAAAUUGGAAUGCAACAAAUGAGUUUACAAGCACGUCUUAUGAGUCAAGCAUUGCGUAAAAUGUCAGGCAAUGCAUCAAAAGUUGGAUUUGGUUUUGGUGUUGGGUUUGCACUUUCAUACUAUGAUUUUGCACACGAUACAACGAAAACAUAA